AUGGACGAGAUAGACUGGCUUAGGGAAAAAAUUCCAGAAUGGGUCCAAACUUAUGAGAAGUUUUAUUACCAAUAUGACCCAGCUCGACUCUCUACCUACACCCUCACCAUUCAUGCUCUUCUCCCUAUUCCUGACGCCAUUCUGUCUGCUGGGCCGCAGUGGUGCUAUUCGGCAUAUCCCAUGGAGCGAUAUUGUGGGCGUCUCCAGCCCAGAAUCCGGAGUCGGACAUUUCCAUGGGCCUCCUUAGAUCGAUAUGUCUUGGAGCUCGCACAACUCUCACAGAUUGGAAAGCAUCAACCUAUCUUGAGCAACCUAUGA